AUGCUCUACCACAACCAGACAGCUGAGCUGCAGGAGCUGCUGGACUUUGCACACAUGUACCUGCAGGCAGAUGAUGAGAUGGAGCUGGAGGAGACAGAACCACCCAUGGAGCCUGAGGACCCUCCAUCUGAUACCGUUUGGGGGGAGGGCGACUACGAGGAGAGCAUCUAUACUGACUGGUGGCAGGAGCCGGAUGCCAAGGGUGAUGAGGCUGAGGCCGGUCAGUGACUUGAUCCUGGUAGAAGGGUGGGGAUGCAGCCUGGGAUGGAGUUUGGAGACAGCGGGAUCCAUGCCCCUCGCUGCAGACUCUGUGGAGUAAGUGUAAUGGGUGUUGGCACGUCUCCUCUGGGAACUUCUAGCCUGUUAGCAACUCCCUUCCCCCUUGGUGGAGGACGACAGCAACUUUCCUAGAGCAGGGACCAACUGAGACCUGUUCCUGGGGAGCCUCACUGCUCCCUGACCCACCUCCCCUGAGGACAGCACCCAGACACCUGUUGGGAACGGGGUGGGGGGCUAAUCCCAGUGCUCUCUCCUUUCAUUUUCAGAGCCAGAGUCUGAACUAGCAAGAGAAGAGGGCCCCCCUGCACCUCUCAAGAACUUGGGAAGCCUGGCCCAGUGGCACCACACUCACUGGCAUGGGCAGCAACAAGAACUAUUUAUUAAACAUGUAAAAUGGACACAGCUGAGCAGGCCGCAUCCUGUCCCACCUGGAAGCACUGCUCCCCACGCAAUGGAGAACAAAUCUGACUCCAUAUGGAUCAGUUCCUUUAGUUUGAACCACUGUGCCCUGCUUUCUAGGCUUAGUCUUGCUGGCUCUGCACCUUUUGUGAAACUAUGUUGCCUUUAGCCUGAAAUAUACAGGAGAGCCUAUUCUCAGGAUCUGACUUUUAAGGAUGUUAUUAGCACUCCACUUUUGGAGAGAUGGAAGUUGCAAAAUAGAGAAAAAGCUUUGUUUUGUUGGAGGUUUACAGGGCACCAUGGCCUGACCCACAGGAACGGCUGCAAGAACAAAGAAUUCCUGCAGGAAGAAGCUUGCAACAACCAACCACACUCCAUUCCCAUUUUUUUGUAUAAAAGAAACCUAUAUUCUGACUAGGGGAGGGUGAUUCUCCAAGACAUUAAUCGGCCAUCCUCUUGGUCUGCCUGCUUUCCGAAUAAAGUCGCUAUUCCUUGCCCCAACA